UGGAGGCCAUAGGCGUAUGGACUCCGGCUCCAAUAUCCCUCUCCAAGUAACCUUGACCAGCAUCCAUAUGUAACAGCGUCUCUCUCUCUCUCUCUCUCACACACACACACACUCACACACAAACAAGAAAAAUGCACGGUCAACCUCGCAAACCAUCUACGCCAGAAGAUGAAAAAGCUUCAGCUCUCAAGGCUGCUAAAUUACGAUCCUUGCAAUCUCAAUUCCUCCAAAAUCAUCACAACAAAAUUUUCACGAAAGAAGCCCUAGAGAUCAGUGCGAAGCUUCUCGUGGCCAAUCCAGAGUUCUAUACCGCUUGGAAUUACCGAAAAGUCGCAGUCGAACACAAUCUUAAUCAAUCUGAAACUGAGACUGAUCCAGACUCCAUCAAAUCAAUUCUCAACGAAGAACUCAGUCUCGCAGAGAGUGCACUAAAAACGAAUUUUAAAUCAUAUGGAGCUUGGCAUCAUCGAAAAUGGGUGCUAAGCAAGGGGUACUCAUCUGCAGAUCGGGAAAUGCAGCUUCUGGAAGUGUUCCAGAAGAGAGAUGGCCGGAAUUUCCAUGCCUGGAAUUACCGGAGAUUUGUCGCGGCUUUGAAGAACAGAUCAGAAGCAGAAGAACUGCAAUUCACAACGGAUAUGAUAAAUACAAACUUCAGCAAUUAUUCUGCAUGGCAUAAUCGUAGUGUACUUUUAUCUCAUUUACUGGAAAAAAGGGCUGAAGGAUUUUUCCCGAAGGAAAAGGUUUUGACAGAUGAAUAUGACCUUGUACAUCAAGCUAUUUUUACUGACCCAGAUGAUCAAAGUGGUUGGUUUUAUCAUCUUUGGCUUCUUGAUCAAACAGUUAAAGUGGACACUCCCCUGUUGGUUUCUUCUUGGCCAUCUCAUGGUGCUGAUCUUAAUGUACUGGUAGAUAGUGGCCUUGAUGGUUGUACUUUGUCUCCUUUCACAAGUUUCCAUCCUAGUAGUGGAACAUUUCCUCUCAUUCUUUAUUUUAAUGAAGCGGUUGAAGGUGUUAACUCAUCCACAGUAACUGUUGAAUCUGCAUAUGAUGCAAAUAAAGAUCUGAUUUGGCGACCACUUUCAAUGAAUACAUAUCGGAGUGCCCAAGCUUGGGUAACAAAUCUAAGUAUUCCUGUUGAGAAGUCCGAUUCUUUAAAAUCUUAUACAGUAAAAGUUAGCCUUGGACAUUCUCAGGGCAUCAUUUCUUCAAGUGGUUGUCGUUGUGCACAACCUUCUUGUUUUACAUUUACAGUGUGUGUACAGCCUCACGACAUGAAGCAUGCUGAAAGGAAAAGUGUUGAGAUAAUUUAUUGGAGAGAUGAAAAUUUUCAUCAUGACGAAACACACUUUCAGCAAUUAAGCCCAAUUAAAUCUUUUAAUCAGCUAAAAAUUGAUGAGGAGCCAACAACUUCUAAGUGGAAUUUGGAGACCAUAGCUAAAGAGAUUGAUCUGUUCCGUGAAUUGUUGUCCGAGAUAGAUUGUAAAAUUGGAAAGCUUUCACUUGCAAGAUUAUUGACGGCACAUGAUGCUAUGAUGUUGAACAACAGAAAUCCAGAUGAGUACAAGAUGUUCCAUUCUGAAGAAGUUUUAGAAUUAUAUAGUGAUUUAAUGAAGUUGGACCGACUACACUAUCAAUACUACAAGGAUGAAUACAGUUUAGUCUUAUUGCAGCAGGUGACAUCCAGUAGGGGGUCUUUGCUGAGACACUGCUGUCAUUAUAAAGAAUCAACUUCUUCAACCAUCGAUAAUAAUAUCUGUCUCCGGUUGAGUAAUUUAUCGUUAUCACGAAUCGGGUCUAUUGAGAAGUUAUUGUGGGUCCAAAUGCUAGACCUCAGUCACAACCAACUUCAUUCGAUUGAAGGAUUGGAGGCUAUGCAGCUUCUUUCUUGGUUGAAUCUAAGUAACAAUAAACUAGGUAGUUUUACUGCUCUGGAGCCUUUGAGACUGCUCACGUCAUUAAAAGUGCUGGAUAUUUCACACAACGAGAUUGGUGCUCACUCUGUUGACACAAGAAGAUAUUUGUGCUCAUCUCCCCUGUCGCAUACAGCAGGUAGUGAUUGGAAUUCUGACGAAUUUGUGAUCAGCGCUGCCAAGAUGCCAAAUUACUGGGAAGCUUUUUUCAUUUUUAAAAGUUCAAAGUUGUCUCAAUUAGCUAUUGCUGGGAAUGCCAUCUCUGAUGAAAAGUUCAAGUCAUUUUUGUUCAAGUUACUGCCUUCACUCAAGUGGGUCGAUGGUGAAUCACAUUGAUCCUUUGUUCUUUCAAAUGGUUAGGCUUCUUAUUCUCUAAUUUACUUUUCAUACGGUUUGGUGUACCAUAUAUUUUAUCGGAAGAGGUUUUUUUUUCUCUGUUCAAGACAUUGGAGGAUCUUCUUACACUCACACUUGUUAAGGAUUGUAUUAUAAUAGUUUCAUAUUUCUACAAAAGGUCCUAAAAUGUUGCAGAAAACAGAAAUUGUGAAGCCAAUGGUAUAAGCGUCAAGCUAUUGAAAAUGUUCCCCAAGCUUUGUUUUGUA